AUGGAUCAUGCAGGCUUCCCCGAGGCUCUAGAGUUACUCCAACAAUUAGUUAACGCACUUAACAAUAACCGUGGGCCCCAACCCCCCGUUCCUCCCCAAGACCAAGCGGCGGUGUUAGAAGCGCAACGACUUCGAGAGCAAGAAAGAGACCAGCAAGAAGCCGAAGAACAAUUGCGUGUUCAAGAGCAAAUCCGAGUUGACCGUCUAAGAGACCAAGUAAAUCCACCGGCUCAUGUGGUACCUGCUUCUGUACUCAAUGAUGACCCCACCUCUCUUUUUGUUUCUGAUAAUGAUGAUGAUGAUACUGCUGUUGUCAAUAAUGUUGAGAAUUUAACCUCAUCUGAAAAUUGGCCGAGUUUUCCCUACGGAAUUCAUGGCGUUGUAUUCGAUGUUCUUCAAGCACGUACAGAAAUGUUAGCAAAAGCGUUGGAAUCAGUGAAUAACCAACAAAAAGAGAUAUUACAGAUAUUAUCAACGAUGAUUGAGAAGAAAGAAAGCAAGAAGAAUUUAAAGAGGAAACAGAAGAAUACAAAUAUCACUGAACCAAAAACGAAACGAACUACGACUCGGAGUAAUAGAAUGGUGAUCGAAAGUGAUGAAGAAGAAAUAGAUUCAGUAUUGAUUAGCAAUACUGAUCAAGAAGAAUAA